AUGGGUGUCAGUUUCGAAUUUCCUGACCCACUGCAGCCCGGUGAUUGCAUUACAGUUGUUGGCACAGUUGGACCGAAAAGGUACGUGCAUUAGUUUACUCGGUAUUAUUCUCUUGCAAUUUUGAACAUUUGCGCAUUUAUUGAUAAUUGAAUAAAUUGAAGAGACUAAUUGAGAACGAUGCGUUAAACGUACUGGCUUCUGUUUUUAACGCAAUAAGAAUAAUAAUAUUGAAGUUUGCUGAAGAUUAAGACAAUUGGGUACCUGAAACCCAGAAAAGUUAGUGGUAAUCCACAAUGGACUCGAACACUGUCUUUUUGCAAUAUGCGUUCGGAAAUACAAACAUCGUGGUGAAUCAGGCAAACGAAACCCUCGCUGGUUGGAUUCAAAGGAACAAAGUUAAAAACGAACUAAACCAGAAAAAAAGUGUUAUUUCUUUUGCUUUCUGGGAGAUUUAUUUUGUACAGUAUAUUGCGUUCUACGUAUGAAAGAUGAAUAACUAUUUGCCAAAACACCAAAUUAUGCUUUAAGCACUUCAAAUGACUACUUUCUGGUUUAUGCAGUCGCAGCAAAUACAGUUGCCCAGAGUACAAUAAGGUCUGAUUGACUGAAACGAAACAUAAACAAAGAAAGACUAAAAGCCAUCUGCAUUUAAAGCAAACCGAUCGAAAGACAAAGUGUGUCAAAUCGGAGCAACCACUUCACGUGAAUUUUACUUCAAAUACUCCUUCAAAGCCUGUUUUAAUAGUUCCGCCUGUUCACUCUUCGAUAGUCUUCGAAAUUUCUUUGGACGAACGAGCCCAUAGCAUCAUGAUCUCUUCGCCCAUAGGUCUCUCGUGUGACCGAAAUCCAUGAACGUCGAAAAUGAACUCGACUAUUCUCAGUAGGCUUCACUGUGAGUAAAACUAAAAUAGCAGUGUAUAAUUAAAGCCGACUAACACUCACCCCGAUAUGAACUUUUAGGUAGGUUAAGUCUGGCUUUACAUGCAUGCAAAGUGAUAAUUAAGUACUAUUUCAACAAAAAUAAUUUCAGAAGUUUUAUUAAACUUGUCAAGGAACGACUUGAUCCAGGCAUAGUUCCAGAUAUUUCGGUUCGUUAUUUAUGAUGUGAUAGUUUAAAUUAUUUUAUUUGUAUUACGUCCAGUUAAAAAUAAAUACUGAACGCACUUAAAUAUUCCUCCUAACUAUGUUAUAUUUCUGAAGUUUUGAGGCUUAUGUUGGGCUAUUCAUGUGCACUGCUCCGUCCAGUACGUACGGAGGGCAGGUGUUUGUGACUCACGACGAUAUUUGUUAAGGCAGUGGAUUUUCCACCGGCUUGUUAUGUUCAGACACGGAUGCAUAAUUUAAGAUGAACACUUGAGUUUGAAACUUCUCGAAAUCCAGAUUUGUCGAUAGCCAACAAAAUGUCCCAAUUCGGAUGCUCAUUUUUAAAAUGUACUACUUACUUCAGUAUAAAAUACUGACUUCCUUGUUAUCUCCCUCUUUCAUGAAUGAUUGUGCUAAUAUGAAUAUCGUAAAAAUGACUUUUAUGGGUAAAUUGGUCCACAGACACUUUAAAUAAUAACACGAAUCGAAAUAUCGUGCAAGGAUUAUUACAUCCAAACAUUCGAGCAUAGGCUUCCUCUUUAUCUGUAUCGUAUGCCCAUUUGGAGUUUUCUGUAAAUUCUAGUGCAUGCCUGCUCAGUUUGGUCAAAGUUUCUAUGAACACUAGCUCCCAUUAACAUUUCUGAUUAAGGUGCUAUACCUGGAGGGAAUGCUCUUAUCUAUAAGCUUAUUUUCUUUAGUCUACAAACCCCGGUAUUCCCACAGAACAUCGAAGAGGGGAAGAUUACCAUCACAGUAGCAUGUGCCUAUUCCUCUUCGAGAAUUUUUUGGAUUUAAGCGCAGAUCAAAACCCUGGGGCCUCUUUCUGACUUAAGGAGGUUUGUCGUAGAGGGCAGGACCAGUGGGGGUUCGGAGUGCACUCUGCUAGCAGAACGCCCUCGCAGCUGUCAGCCACGAAGCGCAGGUGGCGAUGAUGAAUAAAUGCCAUAAGGAGAACUGCAAACUGAAGGUCCGCACCGCGUCCAUUGGCCAUAGCGUAACACCACUGUGCACGUUUAUUGGGAGGAUAAAAGUGCCUCAACUCAACUUGUGCGUCAAGUUCCACUGCCAAAGGAGACGGAGGAGAAAUUCAAGACCCCAGAAAUGACUCUAAGCCGUUAACACCGAAAAGGUUCUGGAUUAGUAGCCUUUUAAAGACAUUAAUCUUGGUUAUUGGGAGGGUUUCAGUUUAAAUGUAGCGGUGUCUUGCUUCAAAUGUCGAAUUGUAUUCACUGAUUAUAUCAACAGGGUUAAUUUAGUUCUCAGAGGGUAGCUUAGUUCUUUAUAAAUAAUGAAUUCUUAGGAAGUCAGUCGGCAUUGCCGAGCCCUGAAAACGACAAAAAGUUUCAUGUACCGACAGGAGAAAUCAAUAAUAGCAAGAAAAUCCGGGAACUUUGUUUAAAGCUGCCUCGAGAAACCCAUGAAAUUAUUACAGGAGGGGUAGAUUACGCACACGUCAGUACCAAUCACGCACUAGCGAACAGAAGAAAAACAAGUUGACUGAUUUCGAACAAGGUGGCAGGGGUUAUAGAAAGUCGGCAAAAAGGGCGUAGUGUGAUCGGGCGGGUGUUGUGAGUGGGAGAUAAUCAUAUAUGAAAGAAGAUUGACACAGUACCUCUGAAAGCGCAUGUUUUGUUCCCACUGGAAGUGUUGUUCGGAGCAAUGGGUUGGUGGAGAGGAUAUGAAUGAGUCCAGAGUAUGGGCCAUCUUAGUAUCCACGUAUCGUCACUAAUCUGGCCCUGCUAAAGUUAUUCCUUUUGCAAGCUAUAUAAAGAUUCCUAGGACACAGGGCAUCUCCCAUGACGACAGUUUCAGUAAAUAAAUAUUCUGUUGACACAGAUAGGACUCCGAAACGGAUGGCUGUUCGGUUUUUCAGUAAAAAAAAGCUCCAUAAAAUCGUUCCGUACCGAAUUUUGUGCUUUAAAAGUGUGAUAGGCAUCUUCUUACACGCCAAAUCAGGCAGACUCAGGAAACGUUACCUCAUGCAGACAGUCACUUUAAAUUUUUAAGUUCGAGGAGCUUUCGAUAAGGACGUAGGUCUACCUUCUUUCAGGUCACUUGGCGGUGAGAUUCAUUGAUCUGGCCUGAUUGCAAGACAGAAAACGAGUACUAUGUUCUGGCAGGGACUUCCGCCGGACGUAGUACAACAAUGAGCAAACAGUAAUUAAAAAAUUUUACUGGCAGACACAGGAAGUGGCUGGAUGAACCAUUUUUUGGCUCGGACGCUGUCGUAAGCAGCCCGAUUUUUUACCCCAGACUAGGAAGAGAUGAGGUUCAAAUACGGGUGCCGUUCCCUUUUAAACUGUUUGAGCCCAAACUCGAAAUGGCAAGCUCUGUCGGAGCGAAGGAUAGUUUAUAACAAGGAACUUCUAUCUUUACAACAUAACUACCGAAUGAAUGAGAAAAGUAUUUUCGCCAUAAGUAGCUCAAAAGUAUAGAAGAUGAUACAUAUUUCAAAAACUUGUAUGCAAACAGUCGGAAUACCUAGUAAAAGAAUGUCCACUUUUAGCUUGUAGUGUUCCUAAAAUUUUGUUUUCGUUCCUUCUGGCUGUCUUAGAAAUUAUUUGUUUGGCAUUUAGGCUGAGGUAAACGGUGCCACGCCCCAAAAUAUCUGAAUUCCCGGAAUGUCCUUUAAUUUUGUGACCUCAAAGGGGUUGAACCCCAUUGCAUUUAUUAGCACCAUUUGGUUGUGGAUUUUUUCAAUUUCCUAUUUCACACUGGCUGAAUAACUUACAAUUUCUCCAUUCAUUUAAAUUAAUUCCGCACCCACCUAGCAGGGAGGACAUUUUGUCAAUUAAAUUUUAGACUGUUCAUGGUGAAUGAACGAUUUCCAAGUGAGGUGACCGAAGAGGGGAAGGUCAUCAUUAUGAUAACAUGUGCUUACUCCUCUUCAAGUAUUUUUGGAUUUAAACACUUUGAGUGAGAUGUUUCAAUCACAUGAACCGUUGGCAAAAUUUACUUCAGAGAGGCAUCCAGAAUUUGAAUGCCAUGGGUUUCAUUGCCUAAGCAAAGAAUGACGUAUCGCUAGCAAAGCGGCGUUACUUGGCCUGACUCACCAGCCAGCGUUCUGUCCAUAGGUGAUGGUCCUCCUGCGCAACUUGACAGUCCUGCCAUCAUAAAAGUGGAAUCAAAACAUGUGGUUGAUGGCGACCAGUGGUUUUGCACUUUUUUGUUCUUUGAAAGUACGUACUACCCUGCCAAAGGCACUUGCUGUACUUUUGACCGAACAGCUCUGGAUAAAGAGCCUUUGUCUAAGUAGAUAGCAGAAGCUUUGGCUCCCUUCAAAAAAUACCAGUAGAUUACUAUGCCUGGCCUGAAAGUACAUGCUACUGACUGCCGGUUGUGCAGUUACAAACCACAUCCUAUUUUGGGCAAACAAUCAGUUUCAAACACAAACCUUUACGGUAAAAUUCAAGUCCGGUACUGGGAAGCGUCUUAAAGAACUUCAUGUAGCCCCUUAUUUGCUCAAAAUCUUUGUUUUCUUAUAUCUUUGGCAACAACACGAGGAAAGUGGUUCGUCGGAAAACCCGAAGCCAAACUAAAGCUACAUCUGUCAUCUGAUAGAUAGGAUUGUUUAUCUUCCAGUGCCGAUGGGAUCUGAAAGUUCUUGUCGAUGCUCUGACUGACUUCUGUAAGAAUUUCAUAUUAUUUUUUUUUAUCUGUUCUAAGCAUAUAUCGGAGUUUACGAGGGCGUAAGUGUUUCCUCCUGCGCCGUAGCAAGAAAUUACGAUUUUAAACCUUGCUUACAGAGUUAACCUGAUUUCAGAAAGUGGCCUUUAACGCGCACGUACGUACUAAUUGCAUGGAAUCGUCCUCUUCUUCUCGAGGAAGUUUCUAGUUGAAAGUUGCAAAAUUUGAAGAGGAAGAAGACUGCAGGUUUAAACUUCAAGGGAAAUAAAUUUUCCUGCAGAGGGUGACGGUAUUUCCUAACGUGCAAAUUUGCGUGUUUUAUCAGUAAGCACAUGCAUAUUUCCGUAGCGUUGGUGGACAUCAACCGGAAAAAAAACGGAAAAAGUGCUGACGGUUCUCACGGUAUUUAGUGGUGGUUCUAUAAACUCCGCGCUGCUCUAGAUGUUGUAGAAGAACAAUAAAUUCACCAGAUGCUGGUCAUGUGCAAAAUGUGCCGGAGAAGCUUUCAUUGUGAGCAUACAUCCUUCAGCAUCAGAGAUUUCCCAGGAUUUUCAGAAGCAAACUGAUAGUGGCAAGUGAAAUUUAGCGGCCACUACUGUUUUGCCAUAAUCCAUUUUAUAGCAUGUUUGGAAGCUGAGCAAAAAACCUACUUUUGGAUAAUCGCAUAGUUCAGGCCAAAGUAUCUGUCAGAAUCAAUCACUUGCUGAUCAGGGAUAUGUGGCCAACUUUCUUACGCUUUAUAUCACUGAGUUUGACCCACUUUUCUCCUUGUCAAUGUGAGAAGUGUGAGCUCAACAGGGGCACAGAAUAUCCAAAAAAUAUCAACAGGUAGGAAUGACUGAAUAGCGAGUGCGUUUGGAAAAACUUGUCAGAACCGCAGUUCCAGUCAAAGUGUCCGUCUAAUAAGAGAUCAGCACCAUAAUUGCGUCUGCCAAUAUUUAUACCUUAAAACUGUUCGACUAACAAAUAACUUUUGGGAAUGCUGGCUACGGACUUGUGAGAUACACAAAUCUAGAAAACCUGUACGCUAGGAUGAGAUCAGACCGGCGAUCUCGACUUCACUCUGGGGGCUCCGCACAGUGAGCCCGCCUGUCGGCUGUGCGAAUAACCGUUAUUUUAUUUUUGAAACCCACUAUACGGGUCUUUUGUUCAGUCUGAUUGAUGUACCAGUGCGGUUAUGCUGGCCAACCUUUUGUAUGCAGGAGAUAAACAGCUAUACUUAAUAAUAUGUCUAUAGUAUAAAAAAGAGUUCCCGACCUUUAGAGAAUGCCGAUUUUUCGAAGUUUUCGCAUGUGGUAUUCUUAAUUCACCAGCUCUUUCGGCAUGCGUACCGUCCUCUUCGUCAUAUGUCACUGUGGCGAUAAGGGUUGGGAAAUCAAAGACAGGGACAUGUGGUUGAAAAUGUAUAUAGUUGGGUGUCAAUAGACGGUGCAUGCAUUGCAAACUCUCGCAGUUCUCUCGUUGAAAAAUAUAUGUUAACUGCCUAUGCUUGAUAUUACUGAAACACUAAAUAUUUAUCAGUAUUCUCACAUGUUUAAUAUCCUGAGGCCGUGCUACAGUGUUGAAUGGCGCUAGACAAUAUUUUCUGUUAAUUCGCAUAGAUUGCCUGUUGGCUUUGUGCUAGAGAAUUUUCCGUCUUUUCUUAGGACCCUAUUGGCUGGAAAAUCAUUGUAAACAUCGAAAGAGAUAACCAUGAUGAUGAUGAUGAUGAUGAUGAUGAUGAUGAACGGGAAUUCUGAUCUCCAGAAACAUAUGGGCACUUACCAAACGUUUCGGUCUUCCAUCCGACUUCAGUAUCAGGAUAAACAAUAUAAACUUGAAUUACUCAGUAAAGGAACUGUCGUCCGAGUUUUUUGUCUUACGGCUGUCUUCAUAACAGUUAGUUACGUAUCACCAGAUUUACUAGUAGACGGUCUACUUGACGACUAAUAGACUACUCUCCUGAAUACCUUGGCUUCUGCAGCCCACGGAACAUCUCGCUGAUUUCUCGCUCUCUCCUAGUUAUCCGAUUUUUUAUGACCAGCGAAUCCGAUGGUUCAUCACCAUUAUUCACAUAUGUUUUACAUUACCAGCUCGUGACCCGUUUGCCGCUUAUAGUUGAAUGAGCAAUAACUACGCUCAGCGAAGUCCACGGCUACUGACUACCAGUCUACGUUUUCAUUUUUCUGACUUGACAAUCGUUUCUGACGUAGGAUAGUUAGGAAAUGCCCACGAUCGAAUCAGAUACAAUUUAUUUUGUUGUUUCAACGACAGUUUUUACGUGAGUCAAGGCUUGCCAUGACUUUAUACUUUGCGCUCCUUGCUUCACGACAACUCUAAAAGCAUAAGGAAAAAAGUUCCUGAAGUACCCGUCUUGCUUGAAGUGAACAUUGAUACAGCGGGUUCCUCCAAAUUCUGCUUAUGGCACCCUGUGGAGCAUUUCAGCGCCAGGGCCGAAGAUCUGGGCAACAGUCCCGGAAUAGGUAGAUAGGGAGUUUGGCAAUUUCAAAUCUUCUGACUGGAACGCGUGUUUGGCCUUUCAGCCGAAUACACCGUCUGUCCUGGUCAUCCAGUCUUGUUCUGCCUUUGGUCUGUAUAUAUUAGUGACCAUUUCCCUAAAGGCUUAACAAGUGCCCACAUCAACAGUGCGUUCUAAUGUUACGACAAUGCCAUUCUUUUCAACUUAAGGGGAUCAAUGAGUGUUCGAUAGAAAUGUAGACUAUUUAAGAGUUUGUUGCUAAACACAAUCUACAUUCCUUUGCAUUUAACUAUUAGUGUUCCUUCAAUUUUAUACGUUUCGUGGAAAUUAUUCAAAACUUAAUGAUAAGGUCAGUUUAACAGUUUUGUAAAGUUACUUGGAUGUGAUACUAGUCUAUAUCGUAUUGGUUUGCAUAACCUACGUAUGGAUUUGUGCCUCGGGAGAAAAUGUUCAAAGGAAGAUUUCUUGAAAGGUAAAUACAAAUGCAGAGAGUUAGUCCAAGAAGCUUCUUGUAUACGAUCUUACUCUCGCCCAUUUAACUGCAACUAUUUCCAUGGGCCUUGGAGUGAAUGACUCGUUUUAGCGAACCGAUGUGUUCAUCGAAUACUCUAUACCAGUCAAAUAUUUCAAAGGAAUCGUUUAAAUACAUCGAAUCCUAGAUGAAGGGCUGAACCAAUGGUCACUCUAAGAUUAAAGUCCCACCAAGAUCACUCAACGCUUGUUAGGUUCCGGAAUGUCACAUACCCAACGAUUUUCUUAGAGGCUGUUAGCUUCCCUCCGCACUAUUUAAAAACACCCAUUCAGAAGAAUUCGGGGACCUAAAUUGAGUCUCAAGGCGUAACAGGACAGGCAUGCCCCAUAACCUGAUCGGCGAACUCCAUUGGCACAAUUAUGUACGAUCCUGAUCGCAAUAAGGCGGACGACAGGUCCGUGACUGAAUGGCUAAACUUUGAAUCACUUAACCCUCAAUGAUUAAAGAACCAGGAUCCAAACCCGGGUCAUUCAAACAUGUAACUGGGUAUCUCUGACUGACGGCGACUAAAAAGCUAUAAGUGACCAUCCCGACCUCCAAUAUCCGUUAUUUGCAUGCAAUAUUAAUAGCUACGUGACAGUCUGCGAGAGCUCUAGAUUAACCGCCAAGGCACAACGAAUUGGGCAUGUCUGACAACCUGACCGGUGAACGUCCCUUCCAUAACAAGCAUAUUUAUCCGUUGUUCGUAAAUAAUUCCUCCCAGGCCAUCCUAACAGACCUUUUUUGCCUUCCUGGUGCGUGUGCGGUCGACUUACUGGAGCCUUAUCAAACCAGGAUGUUUCACGCACCAUGAAAAAGAGUUUAAUUCUGGGUUUUGUGCAGAAUAAUUCAUUGUCAUGUCUCUCAUGUCUCUGAUAUAUGCUUUUUAUAUAUUUUCGUAAACCUAACGACAUUUGAUUUUUAAGAACUAUGUCUCCCGGAAAGUCUUGAAAAACUGGAAAUAGUUACUUAUAAAAAAAGGUUAUUUUAGGGUGUUCAGUCUGUCAUCUGGAAUGAUUACGCAACUCUUAAAGUCCAUUUUUAAAGCCCAAGAAUAAAUAAAAAACCACUCAGAUAUGAGUUUUCUGAACUCCCUUAGAUAAUUUAGUAGGCCUUGUCAAAAAUACAUCCAAUGAUCAGGUUUGCAAAAGUUAGACUUUUUGGAAACUGCAGCUCGCUCUCUCAUACUUCCGUCAUACGGGGCGCAUUGCUCGACGAAGAGCAUUUUAAUAAUUUCUUAGUGGACAGUCAAGAUCAUCCCCGCGCGGACCAAUUUAUGCAAUGACAUUUAAAGGCCAAUAUUACCCCUUUAGUCAGUAUUGCAUGAGAGGCCGGAACCUCAGACCAUAAUGCAAACAACUGUAAAUAUUCAGAAGGUCAGACAUUUAGUGGUAUUCACUGCCCCAUUACCGUCGCCUCUGAUGCGAAAAAGCCUGCUAACUACUGACCAACUGUUGGCUGGGUUUGGUUGUUGCAGAUUAUUAAGCGCACGUUCUUUUUCGUGCACCUAUGCCCACCAGCAGAAAAACAGGAUAUAUCCACAGCUGUCUCUCUCCCUGUGUUGAAGACCAAAUCACAGGACAGCCGCGAAGUCCCAUGAGGCACAGCCCUUCUUUUAGGGGUUUAUGGGAAUUUUGCCACGCCCCUAUGGCAAAUAAGAAGCCGACAGGAAGGCGUCUGUUGCUGGCAGACGUGGCAGUAAACAAUGCGUGCAUUAAUAAGAGUACCAGAAAUCAAUGUGUCGAGUAUGCCAGUGUAGCUAAAACGUACUGCUGAAGGCAAAACCAGGAAUGUAUCACUAACUCUUUAGGCCGCAAGGAAGGAAUGAGACGAUAGUCCAUAGGUGAUAACUGUGAAAGUCAGUGCAAGAAAAUGGUGGGUUAAGGGGGCAGUUAAUCCAGUUUAUUGGUUAUGCUGCACAAUCUUUUGCUGUCUACGACCUUGUGCUCGGUACUCUCGGACAUACACCCGAGAUACAUUGGCAAGUAUAUUAUAACCCCUGUCUCGACCUUGGACUUUCUGGUGGGGCCUGGUGGGCGUCCCCUCCACCUCAUUUAAUCAUGUUUGCAUACGAUGGAAGAUCUAUUUCAUCCUGCGUAGCAUUACCGGACCCAGUUGUUCCAGAUUUCUUAAAAUUUCGCUGGCAACCACUUUAUUGGGCCUGACUGGUAGGAAGCCAUAAUGCGUGGUAGUGCAUCUAUUCUGAUCGAAAUUGCAGGUUUAAGGUUUACUAGGGAUUCGACGCCUCGUAGUAUCGAUAACACCUGUUGCAAACCGACUUUAAAAUGCUACCAAUCACUCACGAGAUGUGCCCACUGUCGAGUCAGCUCCGUCAGCUGGCGGAGGAAAAUUAUAAUGAAUUCGCCCAUUGUGACUAGACUUCCUAAUUUCUAUCGAAAAGGCGGCUGAAAGGUGCCAAGUGUCCCACAGAGGGGCCAGUCUGGAAAAAUGCAGGGUGAAAUAUGAUACCAGUCCACAUUUUUCAUUUUGCAAUAGGCUUCCUGUGGAACUUCACUGACUGAGGAGCACGGAACAGCGUGGUACAUAUUUGAAGAACUGAAAAAUUUCUCGUCGGCAGUUUUUCUUUACUGCCCGCAGAUGAAGUUUUUCAAGCAUUAGGCGAGAUAGGAUGAAGUCUUUAAGGUUGAACUCAUCCUUGCUCUUAAUCUAUUUAACUUUCUUUAAGGAUGCAUAAAGGAUUCAGUUUUUGCUUUUGCAGGCAAAAUAGCAAAAACUUAUCUCUGAAGGCAAGUGCCUAAUUAGUACACAUUUAAACAGAUGACAGAGCAUCCCAUUUACAGAAACCUAAUAACGUAGUUACUUGUGUCGGGUGUUAACUGCGACUCGCGACUGUGCUGAUUGCAAUUCAAGUCUUUUUGUUUAAUUGCAGAUUUUCAAUGAAAUUCACUUCGAAUUUCGUUGCAUUUGAUCCUGAUCAGUUGCUUGGUGCGAGAGAUGCAGUUAUAGACAAACUUCCUGUGGGUGACACUGUACCACUUCAUGUCAUUUUCAAUACAACCGGUGAGUGGGAGGUGAUUGGGUCCACUCCUGAAACAAGUUCCAAUGCAUCUGGAUUCAAUGCUGUCAGGAAUGGAUUCAAACCAAAGGAAACUUUUGUCUGCAAGGUGUUUGUCAGAAAAGAAAACUUCGAGGUUAGUGCUGUGAUCUAUCUGCUAGGCUUUUGUUUACAUUGAGCCUUAGUCCCUUACUGGCACCCCAUCCACCCGUUCCUUGUGGGGUAUCGUGGGGAUUGCCAGAUUUUCUGGAGUUGGAAGGGCCUAUUCGUGCCCGAUUAUCCUCUAGAUAAAUUAAAGAUAUUUUCUUUUUCAUUUGUCUCGUGGAUGCGUUGGGCACAAAGUAGUUCAUCCCAGAACGUAGUGUACAAAGUGAAACAAACAUCAACAACUUAAGCUGCACCUGCAGAAAGAUCGACGUUUUAGUGUACCUCGAGGAGCAACUAACCACACCUGGGAGGCGAAUACCCAACGAUCGCCUUAUUGACAGUAUUGCGCGACUUUGCACUAGAAAGAUUUCUAUUACAGGACGACCACUGAGGAAGUUCAUGUGUAUGCUACUCGAGUCUGACGACGACACGGGAAACCAACGUUGAAAAUCUAUUAAUAAAGUUCUCACUUUUCCCAAAGAACCCACUAUCUCCUAAUUAUAUUUCCUGGGAUUCCUGCCCUUCAAUUUUUAUUUUCGGACCUUACAAAUCCGAAACGAUCCAUUAAUAAGUCAUUGGAAGAUUUUUACUUCAUCAGGCAGUCAGUAUGUCGCGUAAUUUAAGUAUUUUGAUACGAUAAGGGAACUUACAAAGAACUGGGAACUCCCAUAACAAUGCAAUGUCCGAUGCGAAGCUGAGUCAAAGCACCUCACUAUUCUAAUCUGACUGACUACCGCAGGUUUGAAGAGCCAGUCUGAUAAAGGUAGAAGAUCAGUAAUGUGUCAGAGUCCGGCGCAAUCGAUAAUGUAAACAGCUUGUGUAGUGCAGAAAAUGAGCUACGUUAAAGGUAAAGAAAGCAGCUGAAAAAUAAUUUCUUUGAGACUAAGUCGAAACCCGUUGUUCUCUCUCUCUCUCUCUCUGGGAUACCAUGGCAAGUCCUGUAUAGAAGUACAACCACUAAUUUGCGACAUUAAAUCAGCUGUCUGACAACAGCACCUCAGGCUUACUUCGAAUUCCUACCAACUGUGUGAAAUAAUGUUAUCCAGUUCCCCGAAAAAUUCUUGAAACACCUUACCUUUCCUGCAUCUCCAUCUGCAUAAAACACUUUUUCCAACUCGAUAUUACCCAUUCAUGGUGGUAGAGAACUGCUAACUUGUCUAUUCGUUUCUUUACUCAUAAAGUAAAGAUAUGUGUGCAGAUUGUAGUCAAUGGAGGAUCAGACAUUUCUAGUCUCACUGCGUCUUUAUAAACUCUGGCAUUUUGAAAAGGUACCCCACGCAGGUGAAGCGACUUACUUUAAAUAUGGCAGAGCGAAGCGCCUAGUUUACGGCUGCCAAAGCCUCCAUUGCUUAGGCGCUUCCUGUCACUAAAAGAAAUUACUGGUCUGACUUUAGGCAUACAAGCUAACAUUUAAGAACGUCCCUCCAUUGGGAGGUUGUAUUGUCCUACGCUCAAUGAGGCGCAGGCUAAAACACUAUAUUCCCAACCUUGCUAUCAGAAUCCCACUAUACGUUUCUGUGACCGAAAGUCCAUUCAGCCCACCGGGCGCAGUCUCAUAGGAAGCUAGUCCGUGCAGGGAACAGAAGAAUCAGACUGAUGCAAAUAAAGGGAUUGUGAGUCAGAUGUUAUCGCCAAAAUUCCUAUUACUCGGUAGGACCUUGGUUUACUUGGCACUGCACAAAAAUAAGCAUCUGUCAAGGUCAUGCUGUGUGCUAAGAAGAAGGCAAACAGGAAUACUAGGCAAUUAAAUCUUAACAUAAUCGACGUCAUUAUCUGCUGGAGCGUGCGUGCCACUAGUAGACGACCCGUUCGACCUUACCGAAUACUGCACCCCAUUCGAUCAUCAGCCCCUUUGACAUGUUCUGAAAGUCGACUGGUGCAUAAGGGAGAGAAGAGCCACCAAGGCCGACGCUGGUGAGUUCACCCCCAUGACGUAUAAGCGCACAAUAUAAUAGGUGUGACGUGCCUUCCAUGAGUCAUGGCUUGGAAGAUUGCUAAUUUAUGGGACAACUUCCUCCCUAUGGUGAGUAUGGUGGAGUGACUAGAAAACUAGGAUUCAGGCUGCACUGACUCCCUCUCAACGUGAACUUGACUGCCUCCUCACCUACUGAUGUUUAAACGGCGGUAAAACGUGGUUUGGUAGCCCCACCUGAUGGACAUAGUACUGUUACGGUUGGGGUGAAGGGUUAGGGUUAAGGGCCAGGUGUAGGGGUUAUGGUUAGGGUUCAGGAUUAGGGGUUAGGUUUUAGGAUUAAGGGUUAUAGCUAGGGGUUAGGGUCAGGGGUUAGCUUAACUAUUUCUCAACCAUUCAAGGUAUAACCGCACACUCCCAAUAGCUUUUCUUUUGCAUACAACUGCUUAAUUUCGUCGCCUGCACGUUCCCCAGCGCCACCUGCAAAAACUCCUAUUUCCACCGAUCCCGUAUUAGAGGUGACUGGGGGUUGUUUACUUCAGGUGGGGCUACAAAACCAUAUCCGACCCAAACAGCCUUGCCGUAGCUCAAUACGUCUGGCGCGGUCAUCAGUUUUUGUGGGAUACAAGAAGACGAACCGUUUAGUCUUGUCGGUUACUACACUCGUGCCCAACUCUGGUCGUCUCGACACUGUCUUGUCCUCGGAGCGAUUUGAGUGAGGAAGAAAAAGGGUGCGGUUGGUUCUGCGCAAGUCCGCAUCAUUAGAAAUUAGUUCGCGCACAAGUCACUGAUGCUGUGCCCACUCUGUGCGACAUGCGGUGGACGUCGUCACCUGAAACGGUCGAAAUAUUACAUGACCUCUCAUAGGCGACAACGACUCUGCUUGAGGCAGCAUUCUAUAACGAGUGCCAGUUGAGUCAAGAACUUACUCCCCUAAAACAAAAUGAAAUGUAAUCAUUCAUAGAAAAUAGGAAGCCCGCAUUCUUUUCCAAACCAAAAAAUAUGCUAAGUACGAAAUCGAGAGAAGAGUUUACUGAAGCUCACUGUGACGGAGGCCACACUAGAUUAACCAAGAUGCUGUCAACAAUCGGAACUGUUACUCCGAGCAGCUAACGAGAAAUCGCCCGCCUCUUUAACUGAAAGUGCUUAUAAUCGACGAAUCUAUCUUUCCAUGCAAAUGCGUUUGCUCAACAAUAAAAGAUGAAAUUAAUCCAAAAAACUUCCCAUCAUCCAUAUUUUUCGCGCAAGGUCUAAAUAGACUCAUCUGUCACAAUCACCCAAAUACUUUAAAAGAGAAAAUAUUCGUAGGUGUUAUGGCAGAUUUCAAAUGAUUCACCUUGACUCAACUGUGAAAAACUCGGUGCCUCGGUGACAAUCGAACCCACGACAGAAAAAAAGGCUUUAGUACAGCCAACGCUCUAAACACUUGAGCUACGAGGCCCCGCCGGACGACGCGAGUUUAAUCACAUUUGGGUCAAGUUUACCCGCCCAACCUACUGCAACGUCUAGAAUCCACCAAAUCUGAUACAGUAAGUUGACUGCCCAAGCAUGAUUUCCUAAGUAAUUCACCUAGAAUCCACUAGAUGACUGCUAGGCUCAUGUAAUUCAUAGAUGUUAUGCCAGAUUUCAAAUAAUUCACUUCGACCCAACUGUGAAAAACUCGGUGAUUACAGUACCAGAUUUGGUAGUACCAGACGUUGCAGUAAGUUGGGCGGGUAAACUUGACCAAAUGUGAUUAAACUCGCGUCGUCCGAUGGGUUAGAGCGUUGGCUGUACUAAAGACUUUCCUUGCUGUCCUGGGUUCGAAUCCUACCGAGUUUUUUACACUUGUGUCAAAGAGAAAAUACCUACUUUUCAUAAAUGCUCUACCAGCUGUCGGUUUAUUUUUGACCAGCUUUAUAGAAAAGAUGAGGAUAAAAAUGGAAGAAUGCCAGAAUGACAGCAUAAUUUUUUAUAGUAUGUUUGAUUCCAUUCUUCUAACAAACGGAUAAGCAGUUUGUGACUGAUCAUUACCUGCGAACUUCGGACUUCCUGAGCAAAGAUUUUGGUAACACAAACGACGAAAAAUUGUACAGUCGGUCGGCUGUAGUGAGCAUGCAAAUACAAAAAAGCGCUUCUAUCUGACGGUUCACAUGUGUUUUUGGCAAUCCGAUGUAGUUUUGUUUGAGAUCCUGGUAGGUGAUCGGUCGAGUCCGCGUGUCGUAUACGGUGAAUUACUGUCUGCAUAAAUCCCUGUUAUUGCCGAGCGAAAUCCGGCAGCCGAUUAUGCCGGCACUAACUAGUUGCCGAAGGGAAUGCAUUUUAAGUGCAAUAUUUUAUUGAACAUGUAACGGACACUUUGCAAUGAACGAGCGCGUUGUCAAUCCUGAUUUCCCAGAAAAGUUCUCUCUACCGAAAUUUUUGAAACUUUUUCAAAAAUAAAUGUUUCAUCCGUCAGAUUGCUGAGCUUUUCCAAAUGUAUACGACCACGUCCUAAAUCAAUUCUUUGUUUCGACCUUUUACUAGUAUCUUUAUUGUAUCACAAGGCAGGAGUAUUGCGCGGUUAUGCCGCUGGAGUUGAUAGCACUUAAUUCAUGAGUUUGCGUACGUAUUUGUGUCAAACCUAGCGGGCAAGGUCGCUAAGUCAUGACCAGAAGUUUGAAUAUUAGUCCUGAAUGAAACGUUAAAAUUCACUUUCAAAAGAAUGUAUCCGAAUUAUUUGAAAGACACCUGAGGAAGCACCAAAUACUUGUGGCGCACAAGCCGACGACUACACUCCGUAAGCAGCUUGUACACCCGAAGGAUAGAGUUGACUAUUUAGAUAAGAAGGAAGUAGUCUAUAAGAUAGCACGCGACAUCUGUAAUACGGUUUACUAUGAUCAAACUGAGAAAUCGGACCCUACACGGAUAUACGAACAUCAACUGACCGUACAAAGGCGAGACCACUUGUCCUAAGUUGCCCUGGAUACGCUGGAAACUGGACACCAAGUCGCUUGGGACAAGACUUGCAUUGUAGGUAUCUGCUGGUCUAAGAAAGGCCGCGAAUUUUUAGAAGCCGUUCACUCUGGUAACUCAUACAUCAAUCGACACGUAGAAUUGGAUGCUGUGUACAACAACCUCAAAGAAAAGUGGAAAAGGCGUUGGCCAAUCAGAACAUUACGCCAACAGGAGUGACGGAGCAAAAUCGAUUUUUAGGCAUGUUUAAAUGUUAACUGUUUUGCACACUUACUUCACGACUGAGGACGACUCGGGGAACCAAAGUCGGAAAUUUACAAUUAAAUUUGAUUAUCUUUCCCAAAGAGGAGUAUGUAUCUAAGCUCCACGAUGACCGUCAAAGGGGGGCCUGUCGAAAAGUCCGAGCCCUCCCACUUGCCUAAUGCAGCAGCAAGAUAUGGGCGCGUACAGGGCAACAUGUCUUCACGUAAAAUGUGCGCUAAAAUGCAUUACAGUUUGGGAGAAACCCCCAACUAUGUUUUUGAAUGAAAAGAGCACUUAAACAGGACUGUGUAUAAGGCGCAUAAUAUCCAGACUUAUAAAAAUGGCAUGCUGACUUCCGGAUACUGGUCACUAGCAACGACUUCCCAAGGUUGAUGUUACGGCCAGCAUAUAAUUUUCAGCUGUGUUGACUGCACAUCUAACGUUGAAGUCUGACUCCUACAAAUUAGUACUUGAACUAUACAAAACUUCCGUGGCCCAAAUUUUCAAGGACAAUGGAACCCUGGGGAGGAUCGGGUUUGUAUGUCAACUGGCAGCAUUCCAAGUCGCUGAAAAAAGACGUGCUCACCGGAUCAAGGAGAGCUUGGUCGGCUCUCUAUUAUCGAAGCGUUUAGUGCAAAAAAAUCGACCAGAAUUUUGAAUAAACAGCCGAAUUAGUUGGUCUUGAGCUGGCGGAGUUUCUUCUUCUUUUGCUGCCUUGGCCCUCUGAACAUCGUUUGUGAAUGUUGGUGGCCUCCCGUGUUUUGUAUCGUCUCCUCAGUUGGGGUCAGUAACGGUUGUACCCAACAAACUCGGCCGUUUAUUCAAUAUUCUGGUCGAUUUUACACUAAACGUUUUGGUAAUGGAGAGCUGGCCAAGCUCUCCGAAACGUUAGCAAUACAAUUCCCUUGAUCCGGUGAGCAGUUCAUUUUUUUCAGCUUAUUAACCCGGAUCUCUUACGUUUUCUAACUCAAACAUUCCAAGUCACCAGCGGUAACGCAUAGCGACAGUUAUCGGUGCGCCAGACUAUCUGAAAAUACUUAUGUUGCAAAAUACCAUAAGGAAGGAUAUCUCAGAAACGGCAUUGAUUUUUCUCUCCUAUUCCAUGUGUCAGUAAACUUUUUCAGCUUUUAGACUGACGAUACUGGGUGGGGUAAUUGACAGGACCUAAGGUUUCCGCAUAACACGUGCUGUGCUUGUUUAUGACAAGUGUUUGGGUCUCAUGCAGACCAAGCUCAGCCCAAGGCAUACCAUGCGUCAGUGCUGCCCCCCUUUUUGGUCCAACACAACACCAGCACAGGUCCGUUCUGUUGUCAGCCUGAAAGAGCAGUGUGUAUGUGGGGAACAAAUGGUAGGGCUAACUAGCAAGUCAGCCACUGCACCUAAUCUGGUUUGCAGUCGGUCUGACCUUUAAAAAAUGAUGAGUGUGUAGGUGGUAAGAGUAGUGUUAGUGUUACCAUAAUCAAAUUUACGCAGAAGUCACCAGUGCAGUUCGUUGAGCCCGACGUUCGAAAUAUCGGUCUGAUGUUAAGAAACAGUUAAAUACCACUAAUUCCGGCAGAUUAUCGCAUAACGACCGUUCAUCGUAGAGCGUUUCUGGGACCCAACUGACAUCCUUCUGAGAAAUAUGAGCGGCUCACUGGGCCAUUGGAAUUGGGUGGCCGACGUUUCGAAGGGCUUGGCCGGCUCUCCAUUAUCAAAGCGUUCAUGCAAUAAAGUCGACCAGAAUUUUGAAAGAACGGCUAAAUUAGUGGCUUCGGGCCGAUCGAUGUUUUACUUCUUUCACUGUCUUGGCCUACUGGCAGUUAUCUGUGAAUGUAGGCGGUCCCCUGCGUUUUUUUUCGUCACCUCAAUAAUGGUCGGUUGCGCCUGUGCACCCCUUUGGGUGAAUUAGUCAACGGGCCGUUUUGCUCAGUAUUUUUAAGCUUCGUGUGACUAUCUUGUCCUUGUCAUGGAGCAUGUAGUGAGGUAGGACUCUAUAGGCCGCAGGAAGGUUUAGAUGCCAUUUGAUGGAGUUGGCAUCUGAGUGCCAGUCCUCAAGUAUGAUACAUUUAGUCUUUGGGGUGUCCCGGCUUACGAUGGUUGUUCCUUGAAAGUGAGUCGUAAGCUGUGAGUUCGAGUCUAGUCUACGAUUCGCCGGUUUUUGUUCGUGUAGGCCGGUCUGCGAUUUCCGUCCGGGUUCCCCAACGUAGUCGCAGCCUUCAUCGUUACAGCGUGGUUGAUAGACAACUGUUGGGGUUUCAAUGGGUGGCACUGUGCCUUUGGGUUGCAUCAAAAUGCGACGAAUUGUUGCCUGGGGUAGAUGGGUGAUGCCCACUCUUGCGCUUUUAACAAUCAUGAAACCACCUCGGAGACUCCUUUAAUUAAAGACCUCCCAGUUGCUCCCUUUGUGGCUAUCGCCUGUUCACAUGGUGCUUGCUAUGCUUGAUAAAUAACCUGUGUAUCCAUUGGCCCGAAAGAAGUCGUGAAUGUGUUGUCCUUCAGUUCUUUUAUAGGCUGGUGUGCUGCAGUGUGUUUCAACACUUUGGAAUAGAGUACGGACACAGCUGCGUUUGUGAGAGAGGGAAUAAUUGCUGUUGAAACGUAUUAUUUGUCUUGUGUUGUUGGCUUUCCUGUAAGCGGUAGUUUACAGUUGUCCAGUUGCACAUCGUCCCACAAGGACAUCCAGGAAGGGGAGUUUGUCGUUAGUUUCAGCUUCCAUUGUGAAUUGGAUAUUCGGGUCAACCGAGUUCAGUAAUUCUUUAGGAUACUUCACGCGUGCGUUGCAAUCAAUCGGGUUGUUUUACAUCGACGUCAUGUUUUAUGUCUUAAUCAAAACUCUUUUGCCAACAGCAAAAUUACUAAUCUCAGGUAACUUAAUCAAAGAGAAAGUGACGAUCACACUUGUAUAUUUAUUUCAUGUCUGAUUUUUUUCACAACUAUCCUGACUGUGCAUCAUCAGGGACUGGCUGAUGCGAUGUGCACUCCCGUGGUAUAAGGGCCAAGCAUGUGUGUGCUCGGUCCCUGUGUUGGAAAAGCUCUGUUUAGUGAAUGCUUGGUUGAGAUUUAAAUUUUGACCCCUUUUAUCAAAGGACUCUUUUUCGAAAGUAAUAAUUGUUAAUUGUUUUCCGUAGAGAUCACACAAACUUGUCCUGACUCUACUGGCACUCUUUUAUUUCCAGGUUCAUCUGAAUGGCACCUGCCUUUCUUUGUCUGACCAUAUGAUUCCAGUUGGCUGCAUUCAGGGCGUCGUCAUCGAGGGUGACUGUCUCAUCCAUAAUUUCUUAUUCGGUGAUGCGGCAGCUGUAGAGAAGUCGGCGCGAAGUGCCCUCGCCAGUGCGAAAGCAGCUUCUAAAAUUCAAAAUGGAGUCAGUCAAAUUAGACACAACCUCUCCGCGGCGGUUAUUGAGUGUCGCCUUAAACAUCGGGACUUACAGUCGUGUGAGAGUUUGGACUGUAGCUGUUCCUCCAUUUUCGAACGAGAAUCCGAUCUAAGCGAUGGCGCCCGAGAGACACUGGUUGAUAGCAACCCCAACGAGAACGUGCUCAUCAGACGUCCGACAUUUCAGCCCCCAUCCCAUCACCACCACCACUCUAUUGCCGACUUGCCCAGUCUUCACCGGACAGGAUCUUACCAACUCGUCUUUGAUGUUGAAGAUUCUGACGAGGAAAAAGAUGUUUCCAAGGACCGCUCCUAUGGUCCGUCACUAUCUGUCCCCGCUAAGUUCGGUCAGCCUGUCUUCCGAGCCGCCAGCUGUUCAGAAUUCCUUAACUCUGCUACGGAUGUACAACCAUUGCGGAUUGCUACAGAUGGGUCGACUAACGUCGCUCCCUCCAUUCCUCCUUCUCAGCCUAUUCAAAGUGGGGUUCAGUUCGGCUCUCCUCCACUUUCUGCUCUUCCCAAAAUUUCCUUGAACUCUAAACCUCUCUUUCCAUUAGACGGCGAGAGUGGAUCCAUCCACACCAGCAAUACCUCUCCCCAUAACUCAACAGAUCCUCAAGGAGACUGUUCAACUGUUGCUGAAGUUUCGGUCGCAAAGACCACAAGACCCGCCAGUCUCUAUACCCGUCUUCCAGUCCCCGAACGUGGCUUUAACUCUAAGGUCGCUAUCAUGCGCCGCCAGCAUACCCCAGUCCGCACUAAUGGACUAUCCAUUCCACCAACGAACAACUCGAUCCACCGGUUUGGCCGACCUAUUCGCCCUGUCUCCUUUCACGAGGGCAUGAUGGAGACUGUGGUGGGCCAGAGAUCAAAUCCGGCGUCAUUAACUGGCUCCACCUCCGCUUCUUCGCGUGCUAAACAAUUUUUUCCCACAUCUCCUCUUCCAUAUGAGACGCAGAUCAAUCACUUGCGACACACUAAGGCAUCGGCAGAGGCGACUGAAACACAGAAUGGCAUGACUGUGGAGAGCAAUAUGAAUGCAGUUAAGGACGGCAUCUUGCCUGGCCGUCCAUGCUCUCGGGAGGUUGGACAUCCCUCAAACGCUGUCAAAGGCAACAGUGGUACGAACCAGAUCAGAAAGGCUACCAAGGAGCGACCGAGGGUGAAAGAAAAUGGUGUGUCCCACAACGCCAGUGCUCUCGUUCGGCGGCCUAAGCAAACAGCCAUUAAUGAGUACGGGUCCACAGGUACUUCGGCAAUGACGUCACUCUCAAAGUCGACAGCCCUUCGACGGUGGUCUGCCUCUGACAUGCCGCACUCGAGCAGAAAGCCAGUCCAGCAGGUCUCCGCCGACCCAUCAAAGGACGAAAGCAAUCCUGCGGAAAGUAAUAUAACGUCCAUCCGUCCAUCGAAAAUAAGCAGCCAGAAAAUUAGUCUAUCGAACCAUGACAGUCCAAAACUGGCGACUUGA